UGUUCACUGACUUCCCAUAGUGCCUCGCGAGUGGCGGGCAUGAUAACAAAUCCAGUCGGGCCACUCGCAGCGAGUUGUCAUUGUUGAGGCCGUUAGAUUUUUCUGAGGAGGGUCCUCCGGGAUUUGGGCCCGGCCACUGCCUUGUCGGCCAUCACCGCCGCCAUGGCGCUGCUCCGGGGAGUGUGGGGCGUGCUGAGGGACCUGGGAAAGUCUGGAAUGGAGUUGUGCUCCGGCUGUGGAAAUCGUCUGCGCUCACCCUUCAGUUUCGUGUAUUUUCCGAAGUGGUUUUCAUCCACCUUGGGUAGUUAUCCUAAGAAACCUAUGAGUUCAUACCUUCGAUUUUCUAAAGAACAGCUACCCAUAUUUAAAGCUCAGAACCCAGAUAUGAAAAUAUCAGAACUAAUUAGAAGAAUUGCUGAGCUUUGGAGGGAACUUCCUGAAUCACAGAAAAAAAUGUAUGAAGAUGCUUAUAAGGCAGACUGGCAAGCAUACAAAGAAGAGAUAAACAGAAUUCAGGAACAGCUAACUCCAAGUCAAAUGAUAUCUUUGGAAAAAGAAAUCAUGCAAAAACGUUUAAAAAAGAAAGCUUUAAUAAAAAAAAGAGAGUUAACAAUGCUUGGAAAACCAAAAAGACCUCGCUCAGCUUAUAACAUUUUUGUAUCUGAAAGCUUCCAAGAAGUUAAGGAUGGUUCAUCACAGGCAAAGCUGAAAUAUGUAAAUGAAACUUGGAAAAACCUGCCUAGUUCUCAAAAGCAAGUAUAUAUUCAACUUGCUAAAGAUGAUAAAAUUCGUUAUGAUAACGAAAUGAAAUCUUGGGAAGAACAAAUGAUUGAAGUUGGACGAAGUGAUCUUAUACGUCGCAAAAUGAAGAACCAAACAAAAGAUGGCAUUGGGGAGUAUUAAGAUAAAAGAUGGGGCUAUGUUCGUGGUGAUUAGGCACAACCAACCAAUUAGGUCUCAAUAACCUGAAGCUGUGUAAAACUAGAAAGGAUAAAGUUGGUGAACAUUUUAUAUUCUAUUCCUUUUUCUUUAGCCCAUGGACUUCUGCUAGUUGAAUACAUUUUGUAUUAGUAUUUUGAAAACCUAAACAGAUGAAAGUUCACACAAAAUUUUAUUUUGUGUUUAAGAACUACUGAGAAUCAAGAUAAUCCAUACAAAUGUAGCAGUGCAUCAUUUUACCUUUAAUAAAGGUAAAUCAGUCUAUGAAGUUUUUUAAUACUGGAAGACAAUUAUGGAAAAAGUAUUGUUUCCUUAUAUGGAAGCAGGAGUUUCUUUUCAAAUUUGGGACAUAUUAUAGAUGACACAGUGUUCUAUGAUGUAAUUAUGCAUUUUUUAAAAAGCAGCUAGAGCUCUUCUAGGUAAAUUCCAAUUCCUAGCUAUAAUUCAUAUUUUAUUCAGAGUUGGUGGUUGUACAUGUAAGUAACAGUUGGUUUCAACAGUAAAUUUUUAUAAAGGGACUGAGAGAUUUAUAAACCUUUUUUUCAUUGUGUUUCUUUUACCUAAAGUAAAAACUAAGAAAUUAUGUCUCAAAUCUAUGCAUAUUAUUUUAUAUCGCAUAGAAUAAAAAUUAUAAUUUUUCAUUUUAUAUGUUUGUGGAUUAUGUAUUUUAAAAUGAAACAUUGAUUUUACAGUUUUUGUUUCUGUAAGUAGGGAAUUUUAUUUUUUCUGAAUUAUUUUUUCUCUUUCAUGUUAAUAUAUUUAUUCACACAUAUACACACUCACAAACUUGUCUGUGGUCAGAUUUUUAAAUAAGAAAUCUAAAAAAUUCAAGUCUCCAAUGUCAGGAAUUUGAAGCAUUUUGCAUAAAUAUAAAGAUUUUUAUAAAAGAUAGCCAACUAUGGUAUAUGAUUCAAAUCUAGUCCCCUACCUGCUUUUCAUGGUCUGUGAAUUAAUAAUUUUAUUUAUAUUUUAAAUGUUUUUUAAAAAAGAAGACUAUGAAUGUGAAUUAAUAUGAAAUUUAAUGUCCACUGUUUUAUUGCAACACACCCAUGUUCAUCUCCUUAUUAUGUAUGACUUUUUUUGUGCUACCAUGACAAAGUUAAUGGUUGCUACCAAGACUGUAGUGUGGAAAUCCUAUGUACUGUCUGGCCCUUUAUGGAUAAAAUUUGCCAACUCAUGGUUUAUAGCAUAGUGCGGUGUGACUAAAGUUCACAUGUAUUAUUACGUUAGGAUUUUUUUUUUUCAGCUGCUUCAGAUGUUCUUGUUUUAGAAUUGUCACUCAUCUUAAGAGAAAAAGCUACAUAAGCUAUUGAAGCUAAACAAUUGCUCCUCUGUGUUAGCAAGGAAAGUAAUCUUCAGUCUCAAAUUAUGUUGCAGUAUAAUGAAAAAGAUCCAUUUUAUGUGAAAUAAGAGUUUCUUAAAUUAUGUGCUAUGGCUCAAUAAAAUGUACCUUGAAAGUUUCUAGCAAGCAAUAUCACAGAAACCUCACUGUAGUUGGGAAUUAUUGUUACUUAAUAUUUCUUUAUUUUAUUAGGCAGGUCAUGCAAACAAUUUCAAAAUCACCACCUCUUUGGGCAGAAUAAUUCGUCUUUCUUUUUUUUUUUUUUUUUUUUUUUUUAAAUAUUUAUUUAUUUAUUUUAGUUUUUUUUUGGCGGACACAACAUCUUUGUUUGUAUGUGGUGCUGAGGAUCGAACCCGGGCCGCAGGCACACCAGGCGAGCGCGCUACCGCUUGAGCCACAUCCCCAGCCCCAAUAAUUCGUCUUUCAAGAUCAGUUCAAAGACAUAGGCUAAGUCAGAAUUUAUAUGUACUUUAUAUAUUAUUCAAAAUCCUUAAGAAUUGUAGAUUCUAGGUUUCCAGAGUUUGAAGAUUGAUUUUAGCUUUGGUUUUGGUUUUGGUUGCUUCACUGGUGAUUGAACCCAUAGGCACUCAACCACUGAGCUAUAUCCUCAGCCGUUUUUACUUUUUAUUGUUGAGGCAGUAUCUUACUAAGUUGCCCAGGCUGGCAUUAAACUUAUGAUAUUCCUGCGUCAGCCUCCUGAAUUGGUGGGAUUAUAGGUAUGUAUGUGCCCCCAGGUUCAGUAACUUUGGAGAUUUUUUUUUUAUUACGAAUGGAAAAUAAGUAAAAUGUCACAAAAAUAACUUGUUUACAUACUGAAUUUGACAAAGAUAGGAACUAAAGGUUAAAAUAUAGUUUCAGAGGAAAUAAGGUUUCAAUGUAUAAAAAUGGAUAUUUGCAAACUUUUCCCUAUGGAUUUGAAUAUAGGACAAAGUCUGCCAUUACUAAAAUAGCUUCCAUGGAUUUGAGGCCAGAGUAGUUUAGAGGUAAGAGGAAAGAGGACAAGGUAUGCUAGUGCUUUAUCAGUCUUUCUCAAGUAGAUUUCUAGGAGAGAAUUGAGCCCUAAUUUCUGUGGCAUCUAGAAUAGUACUAAUUAGAUACCAUCCUUAGGAGAAUGAAAAUUGUAAGUCAUUGUUCUGUGCUUCAUAUGAGCUCAGGGAGUCAGUGUGAAUUUUAUAGAAUAAGAGAAAUAGAGAAAUGAGUUAUGUAAAAUCUACAGGAUAAAUGUAACAUAAAAACAUUUGUAAUUAAUCUGCAGGAAACUUUCCCCUGAGCUCUUACCAUUUAAAUUCAUAAAUUAUUUUAUAUUCAUUUAAAUUAAACCUUCCAAAAUUUAUUGGGAAGUUAGGUGUUUUGUAAUUUCUCAAGUACUUAUAGUUUAUAAUGGAAAAAAAGGUGUAGAACAAUGAAAAUAACUGGAACAAGCCACUUUAUAAAUCAGGUUUUAUUUGUAAAAGAAGGUCAUUGUUAAUACCUUAAAUAAUAUAAUAAUCUUAUUUCCUAGCCUUUCUUAAUAAAUGUAAGUACAUGUGGAAGACUGGAUGCCAUAUACCACAUGGCGUCCAUAUAUAAGUUUUUAUAAACAAUAACUCAGCAUCAAUAACCAGUGACUAUUCAUACAAAGUCUUACUUUUUUCCACUUUUCUUUUUUUGGUACAAAGUAGUGAACCCAGGGGUGCUUAAACAGUGAGCCACAUUCUGAGCCCUUUUUAUUUUGAGACAAAGUCUCACUAAGUUGCUGAGGCUGGGUUUGAACUUGAGAUCCUCCUGUCUCAGCCUUCGAAGCCACUGGGAUUACAGGUGUGCACCACUGCGCCCAGCACUUUUUAGAUUUCUUAAUUUGGCCCAACAAAGUAGAUGCUGUAGGAGCUAAUGAGUGCUAGAAAGGAAAGAUGAUGAAGAAUAAAGUGAAGCAAUGUUUAUGCUUUUGUAUAAAUUGGAUUUUUAUACAUUUGUUCAUUGGAAUGGCAGUGUGUUUUGAAUAAUUUUUAUGAGGGGAGAGAAGGUUUUUUUUUCCCUGAUGUUUAUUGAAUAAUGUAUGCAAUUUCAGCCAGUUUUAAUCAUGUAAUUUUGCUCUUGCUUUUGGCUAACUACUUUAGGGGAAAUGCCCCUUUUUUUAAAAAAAAAACAAGGUGUAUAUUAUUUUUUAUAGUUAACUCUGAAUGUUUGUAUUUAGAUUUCUGAAUUUAAAAACUGGUAUUACUAUACUAUGAGUGGAUUUAAUGAAACAAGAAAAUUUUGAUUUUUUUCCUCACAUUUGCUAUACCUAAAAUUUAUCACCACCAGUUUAUAUUAAAAUAUUGUUUUUAUAUCAUUAA